AUGCUUUCACUCACCCUGAUAAUUUUCAGCUUCACGCUCGCAAGAGCAAUAUCCAUCUGGGACCCGACAGGCCCGUACCACGUCGGCUACACGCAACACAUCUUCAACCACACGACCCCAAACGACCCCACCGCGCCAGGAACCUUCAUGCUCCUCACCAUCUACUACCCCACCCUCCAAACCCCCCACACCACCGUCCCCUACCUCGACGCCAUCUCGGCCGGCAUCUUCGAAUCCACCAUCGGCCUCACGCCCCACUCCCUCUCGCAACUAACAACGCGCCUCCAAUUCCAAGCCCCGACCCUCCUCAACCACUCCCCCGCCUUCGCCAACGGCACCUCGCCCCACCCAACCCUCUUCUUCACCCCGGGCGCCGGCCUUCCCGCAUCCGCCUACACCGCGUACCUCAGCGAGCUCGCGUCUCACGGCCACGCCGUCGUCGCCAUCGACCACCCGGGUGAGGCGCCGUACCUGCCGCUGCCCUACAGCAACGGCGGUGGUGGUGUCUACGGCUACCCGGACUUCAGCGCGUACCCGCCGACGCCGGCCGAGGCGCAGGCCGUGUACGCGUUCCGCGUCGCCGACGUGCUGGCCGCGGCGAGCGAGCCGUUCUUUCCCAGCCUCGUGCGGCUGUACGGCGCGCCCUUCAACGUCACGCACUUCGGCGUGUUCGGGCACAGCGUCGGCGGUGCUGCGGCGGCGGGGGUGAUGGCGACUGCGGAGAGUGACGUGUUUGGUGGGGUUGGCGGGGCGAAUUUGGAUGGCUCGUUUUUGCAGUUGCUCGAUCCGGCGGGCGAGCAGGACGAUCCGGGUAUCGCGGCGCCGGAUUUAGAAAGUGUGGGCCCGUUUUUAGAGGUCGGGAGCGAAGUGCAUUUUGAGGGGAAUGCGAGCUCGGAUCCGACGUGGGCGCAUUUUAACGGUGCGCAGACUGGGUGGGUGCGGGAUGUGCAGGUGGAUGGGACGAGGCAUUUGGAUUUCAGCGAUAUUCCGCUGUGGAUCGAUUUGCUGGACCAGAGGGGCGUGUUGAAUCGCACGUGGGUGGGACCAAUUGAUGGAGUGAGGGUGACGACGCUGACGACUGCGCUGCUGAGGGAGCUUUUUGCGAGUGCAGAGGGAAAGGGAUUAGGCGGAGUGGAUUUUUGGGUGGAAGAGGCGCCGGAACUUCGUUUGUUGUUUGAGCAUCUGUAA